AUGGCACCAAUCGCUCCUCCUGCAUCGAUUCCCGUCCCUUCUCAACCAAUCGCACCUCCCACAUCUUUGUUGACUCGAUCUCAAAAAUUCAUUGAAGAGAAUCAACGAUUGAUCCUACUUGGAUGUGCUGUUUUAGCAGCCUCAGGAGCGGGCUACUACCUAUACUCAAAUAGAUCAAUUGGUGGUGGUAGUGGUGGAAGUUCAUCAGCAUCUGCUGAAUCAGGUUCAGGUUCAAGUUCAACUGAAAAUACUGCAGGUGCAAGUGCGAGUUCCAAAAAGAACAAGAAGAAGAAGAAGAAGUCUGGUGACAAGAAAGAUGAAAAGUUUUUAAGUAAUCAAGGUGAAAAAGGUCCUCUUUUGGAAGAAAUUGAACAGCCCAAAGAUGAAAAGAAGGUGGAAAAAGUUGAAGUUGAAAAAGAAGAAGGUCUCUUAGCAGACGUUCCUGAUGCGGCCACUGUUGCAGCAAUGGACGACGUAGCUCGAAACAACCUCGGAGCAUCACUUAAAGAUAGAGGAAACAAACUGUAUUCAAAGAAGGAAUUCCAAAAAGCUGUAGAAUGCUACACAAAAGCCAUUGAGAUUUCUGUGAGGAAAGACGCUGUAUUUUUCUCAAAUAGAGCAGCUUGUUUCACCAACUUCUCUCCUCCUGAAUACGCUAAAUGUGUCGCUGACUGCGAUGCGGCCUUGAAACUUGACAAAACAUACGUAAAAGCGUUGAAGAGGAGAGCAACCGCUUUAGAGAACUUGGGUAGAGAUGAAGAGGCCGUGCGAGAUUUCACCGCAACCACUAUAAUUGAGCGAUUCCAAGAUGAGCAAGCUGCCAUGUCAGUGGAGAGAUGUCUGAAAAAACUGGCGCAGAAGAAAGCAAAGGACAUCCUUGAGACGCGAGAACCCAAACUUCCUUCACCAACAUUUAUCUCAGCUUAUCUUUCCGCAUUCCGACCACACGCUAAGCCCACACUUCCUGAAAACCCCUCUCAAGGUGAUCAAACCCUCCUCCUCGCUUUCGAUGCAUUGGCAGCCGCCGACUACACUCACGCAGUAACAUUCGUCAAUGAAGCUAUCGAUCAAGGAAUUUCAUCUAAAGAUGGCGAGGCUGAAGCUUACAACAUGAGAGGCACUUUCAAAUUCUUGAUUGGUGAUUCUGAGGGUGCAAGACAAGAUUUACAGAAGAGUUUGGAUAUCAAACCUGAUUUCGUACAAAGUUGGGUCAAAAUUGCUAGUGUACACAUGGAACUUGGUGAUUCUGCAAGUGCCUUCGGUGACUUUGAGGCUGCUAUUAGACAUAACGUGGAUGAUCCUGAUAUUUAUUACCACCGAGGUCAAGUUUACUUUAUCAUGCAAGAAUUCGACAAAGCUAUCGCCGACUACAACAAAUCAACAGCCCUUGAUGGUUCAUUCAUCUUCACACAUAUUCAAGCUGCCGUAGCCCAAUACAAACAAGGAAACAUUGGUGCUAGUAUGGCAGCGUUCAGAAGGAUCUUGAAAGAAUUCCCAGAUAAGGGAGAGCCUAGCAACUACUACGGUGAACUUUUGCUCGAUCAGCAGAAAUUCCAAGAAUCACUCGAGAGAUUCGACCGAUCCAUCGAGCUUGACAAAGACAGGAAACCAAGAAACGUUCUUCCUUUCGUCAAUAAAGCUCUCGCCCUCUUCCAAUGGAAACAAGAUAUUGUCGGGGCUGAUGGAUUAUGUCAACAAGCAUUGGAGAUUGACCCAGAAUGUGACGUUGCCGUAGCUACUCUUGCUCAAUUGAGUUUACAACAAGGAAAGAUCGAUGAAGCCAUUAAGUGGUUUGAAAAGAGUGCUCAAUUAGCUAGAACAGAAGGAGAAUUGGUCAACGCCAUUACAUAUGAACAUGCAAGUAAAGCUCAAGUACAUUUCCUGAAAAACUAUCCUGAAUUCGCAGAGAGACUCAGUCAAAUGGCGCAAGGAUUACAAUAG